AAACAAAGCUCAAAUCGUCACUUUUAGAUUAAGCUCUUCAACAAAGCUAGAAGAUGAAGCAAGGGCUUUUGAUAUGGAGUCCUUGCUGCCAUCAUCCCGCUCUAUCCUUCCCGCAAUCUCUUUCUUCUCUCCCAUCCCUUCGCAUUCACAGAACAAGUCACAAAACUGUGAUAUCUGCAACUACCGAUUCGGUUAAUAGCGAACAAUUAACAGCUCGGGAGAGGAGACAGCUAAGGAACCAGAGGAGAGAGAGCAACGCCACCAAUUGGAAAGAAGAAGUCGAGGAGAGGCUCUUGAAGAAGCCCAAGAAGAAGCAUGCUUCUUGGAAAGAAGAGUUGAACCUCGACAACCUCGCUCUCUUGGGUCCACAAUGGUGGGUUGUUCGGGUUUCGCGGGUUUCUAGUGAGGAGACCGCCGAUCGGCUUGCUGAAACUCUUGCCAGAAACUACCCAGACAUCGAAUUCAAGGUCUAUGCUCCCGCUACCCGGGUUAAAAGGAAGUUAAAGAAUGGCUCAUACUCAGUUAAACACAAACCCCUCUUUCCAGGGUGUGUCUUCUUAAGAUGUGUGCUGAACAAAGAGAUUCAUGAUUUCAUCAGAGAAUGUGAUCGUGUUGGUGGCUUUGUUGGAUCCAAAGUUGGUAAUACAAAAAGACAGAUCAACAGGCCCAGGCCAGUUUCUUCUUCAGACAUGGAGGCAAUUUUUAGACAAGCAAAGGAAGAGCAAGAAAAAGCUGACCAAGCCUUUGCAGAAGAGCAACAAGAAGAGCUCUUCAAUGGGGAGGUGCAUCAGGAAUACAGAGAUGUUACAGGAUCUGUGAAAGAUAGUAAACCCAAAAGGCGGUUAAGAAAAGGUAUGGAACCCAUCGCGAUUAACCCAUCGACAGGAGAAGAUAAGCUCCUUUCACCUGGAGCUUCUGUUCGAGUUUUGUCUGGGCCAUUUGCUGAGUUCACGGGCUGUCUUAAAGAUAUGGAUCACAAAACUGGAAAGGCAACUGUUGGAUUUAUGUUAUUUGGGAAAGAGAGUAUUGUAAAUCUAGAUGCCAAAGAAGUUGUCGCAGAGACAACAUGAUGGAGAUGGGUUUUCACCGGACGGUGAUUAUGUGAAAGGUUAAGUCCCAUCAUUCCAUAAAAUUCAGUUCCUUUUUUUGUUACCAAAAACAAGCUGAUCCUGAAGCAGUGAAAAGGCCCUUGGUUUUAGAUCAAAUCAACAGUUGAGCA